UCCCUGAUCUUUCCAUUUUCAUGUUAUUCUAGCAUAUUUGCUUGUUAAUAAACUAUUAAUGACUGCUUUCUCUAAUCUUCCUUCUUUCCUUGGAAGGAUCUAAUUAGGCAAAGAUGAAAGUAUUAACUUGCAUCUCUGAAUACCUGGAAUCAGAGCAAAUACCAAAUUCUGCUUACAAACACACAUAGAGGAUUUUACCUAGUGAACUGUGCCUGAAUCAAAGCAAAGAGGACCUGAAACUCCUGUAACAAGAAUUGAGGGUAGGUUAUAGAAAGAGCCAAAGACUUAGUAAGCAAGGCAGACCAAAGCUAGGAAGAGUGAGCUUCUACAGAAAUAGGUGAAUUAUGGAGGCAACUGUCCUCUGGAAAUGGCUGAUUUUUGUGCUUCUGGUAGCAUGUACAAAUAGCCUCUGUCCAUAUAUAGGAGCUGAGGUGGAAUGACUACCCUUCCUCUUCUCCCCCAGAUCCCUGUACUUACGAAGUCUCUUGAGUUUAAUGCAAACCUGACCCUCAGACUUGAAUGAUGUAGAGCCAGGAAGACCGUAUGAAAGAGUUUAGUGGGUUGGCUAUAAGAGAAUAAGGGAUCACGAGGACUGUGGCAAAAUAAAGAACCAGUUCAGUCUAAAGCUCCAGCUGAUUACUGCCAUUAAGGAAUGGGGGUUCAUGUUGGUAGAUUUUUCAGAGUUUUCAAGAGAAAUGGAAAUACAGUUUUUGGUGAAAUUUCCUACAUUUUAAAAUAUUUUUGUGAGUCAAGCAAAACUGGAUUCUGCCUGUAGCAUGCCACUGUGCUUCCUUUACUUCUACGCAUCUCCUGUGCGUUCUCAACAGUUCCCAUUCGUGUUCUUCUGAAAUCUGUGUCUUCUAGCAAGCAGGUAUGGGAGCUGAUUGUGGCAUCACUCCAAGUCCGUUUUCUCUCCAUUAUGUUUCCAAACUAUAUUGGAUUGUUGUGGCAUAUCCCAGAGGCAUGUGAAGUGGAGGAUGGCCAGGAACAGUGGGGUAUUUGAUUUGGAAGACUGCAGACGAGUGGCCUCUGUUUCAUUAAAGGUUCCUGGGUGGCUGUCCUCCUGGUUUGGGUAGAUGGGUAAUAUGGUCAUGUCAAAAAGACAACCAGGAUCUCCCACUCACAUAUCCUCUACUGGUAUUUACCACUGAUCUGUAAUCUGCUUGUGCUCUUUCUUGAUAGACCAGAUCUCUUCCAGACCAGAUAAUUUUUUCUAGAUACUGUUUAGCUAACAGAAAACCAAUGGGGGAUACCAGAGACUAGAGAUGUAGCUGGGAUAGACAGCAUAAUUAUAGCUUUCGGAGAAAAUUAUGGAUUGAUCAUAUCUAUUCCCUAUACAUAUUGAUCCCUUCUAAAAGCCUCAUGUGUAGAAUUUGGAAACCAUAAAUAUUUAUAAUUUUUUGUUUUUUAAUUUACUUAAAAUGCUUGUUAGUUAUUUUUGCAUGGGUAAUGCAUACACAAGAUAGGCAAGAAGGAAGGAAGGGAGGAAGGAAAGAAGGAAGGAAGGAAGGAAGGAAAGAAAAAGAAAAAAAGAAAAGAAAGCCAAUAAAGAAGAAUAUACAAUGGAAAGUCAGGUCCUUUUCACCUCAGACCCUGCUUCCUCUUUGCUUCUCUGCAGGCACCCACUGUUUCCAUUUCCUUUUAUUAUCCUUCUAGAGAUAUUCUGUACUUACACACACCAUUGGAAACCAUGAAUAUGUAGCAGGUUUUCUAUAGUUGCGCUUGACAUCUUAGCAAUAGAAAUGCAGUUGGGGAAUUGAGAAUAUUGAUUAGCCAGUAGGAGCUGAUAGGUUAGAAAAAGAGAGAGGUGAGAGGAAUCCAGGAUUUUAAGGUCUGAAUGAAGCCAGAGACUAAAUUUGGAGACAGUAAGGGAUGAUAGGCAAUUAUAUUUCAAAGAUCUAUAAUUGAGAUAAUUAAACCUGGUAUUGGUUUUAACUGACAUCAUAUCAUGUACGUGUUCAUACUAAGUAGAGCAAAAAUAUUUAAGUUCAUAGUAUUGUAAUGAUUCACAAAGUGCAUAUUCAGUAAAUAUUAGUUGUCUUUAAUACCCUGGGUAUUAAAAUUUAAGACUUCUAACUGCUCAUCAUGUUUCAUUUAAGAAAUAAUCUACAAUGCUGUUUGCAAGGUUUUUGUUCCAUAGUCUUCUAGAAAAAAAAUUCAGUACCAUAGGCAGAAAAAUCAUGUUUCAGGUAAUAGAGUAUGUCACUGCAUACAAAUCCAUUCUUACUUCGAUCAAAAAAGAAUAUGAUGCCUUUAUUGAGACAAUGAAGGAAGGCCAAAGAACUGCAUUUUGUCUUCAUGGAAAACUUAAAGCUUUGGCAGCAGAGCCCACAGCAUUGGUGUAUCACAGGAAAAGAACAAUCCAACUUGAAACAAAAAAGAAGGUUAUUGAAAAUAAUUCCUCAAAGAUUCAAUUGCUAAUAGACAAAAUGAAACAACUUAGGGCAGAAUAUGAUGCAAAAGAAGUAAGAUACCAUACUUUCUCCAAAGAUCCUUCAAAACCUAUUCCAGGCAUGACUCUCCAAGAAUCUGUCAAUUUAGUUGCUCUCACUAAAUACCUGAAACAUCUUGAAGAUAAAUAUGCUGAAAUUAAACAGGCUAUGUUGAAAAAAUAUGUACCAGUUCAGAGGAAGGCAGAGUUAGAUGAGGAAAUGAUUGUAACAUUAAAACGGAGAGAUUUAGCUGAAAAUCUGAACAAAGAAUUACAGUUUCGUCAUCAAAGACUGCAGAUUAUUUCAAAUGCACUUACUUCAUGGGUAAAAUCUGAUAUGAGCAGCUCAUUUGAAGACUUUGUGGAGCAAAUUCAGAAAACUAAAAGUUUACCUGGUGACGAAGGCAUUGUUGAAGAACUGCUUGAAGACGAUCCAGGCAAGGCAAAAGAAGCUGAAAUUUUGCUUUGCUACAUUGAAAGGUUCAAUGACUUAAUGUCACUUGGUGAAUAUGAAAAGGCAGCUUGUUUUGCAGCAAACAGUCCUAGAAGAAUUCUUCAAAACAUUGGGACAGUGAAUAAAUUUAAGGCUGUUGGAAAGAUUAGAGGCAAGCCUUUUCCAUUACUCUUAUUUUUUGAGACCAUCUUUAGCACAAGUCAUGCAUGUAGACGUCCUAUUGAUGCAGAACUAACCCUGGAAGGAAUCAAAUGUGGAUUAUCUGAAAAACGUUUAGAUUUAGUUAUCAAUUGGGUCACCCAGGAAAGGCUCACAUUUUCUGAAGAGUUGGGGGAUGUGAUUUGUGAUUAUGGGGAACAGGAUACUUACAACAAGGCCAAGUGCCUGGCUUUAGCUCAGAUGAUCUACAGGGACUGUGGCCUGCAUAAGAAAGCUCUUCUUUGCCUAUGUAAACAGGGUCAGAUUCAUGGGGCCAUGGAAUACAUACAGCAAUUCAAGGACUUUACUUAUGAUGACCUGAUGCAGUUAAUAAAGUUAUGUCCUCACACUGAAUUAAUUCAGUGUCUCACCAGAGAAUGGAACGGGAAACCACCAUCUUUAUCUUUUGGCCUUGCUAUACUUCAUCUGUUUUCUGUAGAUAUGAAAAAAGUUGGCAUUAAGCUACUUCAAGAAAUAAGUAAAGGUGGGAAAGGUAUAGUUGAACAUCUUAUGAUAAAUGAUCCAUUUUUCUCAUUAGAAAACUGGCAAGAAAUGGCAAAUAUAUGUUUACAGAAUGGCUUUGACAAAUUAUCUCACGACAUCAUGUCCAUUCUUCGAUCUCAGGCUGGAGUAACAGAAAUUUCUGAAGAGGAUGAUACAGUCAACUUAAUGGAACAUGUUUUUUGGUAGUUCUAGGUCUUAACCAGUUGAGGGAGCUUAUAUAACAUUUUAUGUGUAUUGGUUGGGCAAGCUGGUUUUGGCAUAACUAACUUAUAAAUAAAUCUAAAGUAUGAAGCUCUCAGAAAUAAAUCAUGCUGUUUUUGUUAUGAUGA